GGCUGAGCGGAAGGAUGCGUCAAGCGCCACGUCUGCAGCAGCCACAGAGCGAAGUGUGAGCGCUGAGAGAUAACGAGGGGCGGCGGAGGGAGACACGAUCCGUGCGGUGAAGGUGUGUGAUACGACGGCUGCUGGACACCCUGCGGGAUACGUUAUAGCUGGCGGCACAAUGAACCACACAGAGAAGUCAGAAGAAGACGUUCCAGCUUAUCUACAGGAGGAGAAGCCAGAGGCCACAGUUAAAGACCACCCUCAAGCCCAACCUGGCAUGAUCUCUCGUGUAACGGGGGGCAUCUUCAGCAUGACCAAAGGCGCGGUUGGUGCCACCAUAGGUGGAGUCGCCUGGAUCGGAGGCAAGAGUUUUGAAGUGACAAAAACAGCUGUGACGUCGGUGCCAAGUAUAGGAGUUGGCAUUGUGAAAGGUGGCGUGUCAGCGGUCACUGGGAGCGUUGCUGCCGUUGGCUCUGUAGUCUCCAGUAAAGUCUCUGGGAAGAAGAAGGACAAAUCUGACUGAGCCAAUAUUUAUAUAUUUUUCUUUUCUACGAGAACUGACCCAGCAGUGAUUUGGUGACUGCAGAAUGGGCAAACAAAGAGCACACCACCUAAGACACUUGUUUCUGUAGCCACGGUGCGGUCUGUUGAGCAAGCAGACGGGGAUCGCAUGCAGUCAUGCAGUGAACACGGACUAUGAAGGGUUCAUUGAAACUGCAGUGCAGAUGUUACAUUUUAUUACACCAAAUCAUGUGUUUACUUUGUGUGGUUUUCAUUUUUAUUUUUUUAUUUUUUUUUAUAUAUAUUCUAACUU